GAAGAGGAGGAUUGGAAAGCGCACUUUCUCGUGUUAAUGUCAGUUCAAUGAUGUGCAUACUGAAGACUACAGCGAACUGACAGUCAACCAUGCAAUAAGAAUAAACAUCAGUAAACUGAUGGCAUUGUGAAAAAAAAGUGCAUGGAUGAACAAUUCGGGAUCUGUCGGUACAGUACUCCUGAUUAUGCAAGAUAUUACAUAAAGACAUGGGUUCUGAGGCCGGAGUUCGAAUACAAAGGGGAACAGUGGGACAGGAGAAGGGAAAGGAGGGACAAGCAGGCCACACACAAUGGACUCCGUGUGCCGAGUGCUCGUCGUCCUGUCGGGGAUCUUGUCGCCGUCAGCAGGUCUGGAGGUCAUCGACAUGACCCUUGUCCUCGCCAAGGAUACCAUCAACUGGCCCGGCUCUCCGCCAUUCAACUUCACCAUUCUCAAGCGAGGGUAUCAAACACCCGGAUUCUGGUACGAGAUCAACUAUUUCGGGACAGCGGAACACGCUGGUACGCAUGUCGAUGCGCCUGCGCACUUCAGUCAGAGUGGGUGGCGUGUGCACCAGAUCCCGCCGUCUAGUCUCGCGGGGCCCGCUGUCGUCGUUGAUGUGGCUGACAAGGCCACCAAGGACGCCGACUAUAGACUGACAAUAGAAGAUCUGCAAUCUUGGGAAGACAGUCAUGGAAGGAUACCAAACAAGGCUGUGGUGGUGAUGUACUCCGGUUGGGGUGCCCGCUACCCGAGCCCCUCAAGAGUCUACAACACCAACAACCCCCUCGACGCCUCAACUUUCCAUUUUCCGGGUAUCCACCCGGCUGCAGCCGCCUGGUUGGCCUCUCAACGUCAUGUCAUCGCAGUGGGUGUGGACACGCCGUCCACCGACUAUGGUCAGUCCACGAAGUACGAGACACACGUGGUUCUGGGUAACAACAAUGUCCUGGGGCUGGAGAACCUGCAGAACGUUGACCAACUGCCGGCUCGGGGCGCCACCAUUGCCAUCGGACUGGUCAACCUGAAAGACGGAAGUGGAGGGCCUGCUCGCAUUCUCGCCAUCAUUGACAGCACGUCCACAACUCAGAGCCGGGACUCUAUUGAACGCAGAGAAGAAAUUUAAAAAUGAUCAAGCAUCGGCUUUGUGUUAUUAGAGGUAUUUAGGCAUCAACAGCGAACAUUGUGUAUGUCUUUUCCUAAUUUUUGUUGCAGGUGAAUACUAUCUUCUCUAAAUUUUUUUCAAAGAUGUUUUUCUUUGGGACUUGGCCAUAGCUGGUACCUGACAAAAAGAAUUUGCUUAUGUCAACACAAAUGCAUAUUAAACAAGUGUUCACAACACUAAGUCCUCGUAACCUACUCUAGCCGUUUUCAGUGCAUAAACAGUUAUUUGAUAUUGUGAAAGCU